AUGUCUCUUAAACCUUCCGCCAUCCGAGCAGUCUGGCUCCGGAGCCCUCGCGGCUGCGUCGCCUGCUUUCCAGGACGCAAACCUGCACAGUCAGAAAUCCUCUUUUCAUGGCGCUCAUUCGCUUCCAGAGCAACUCGAUCUGCACCUUUACCCAAAGCCCAAAGAAGGGCUGCGCCUUCCAAUCCACAGUUCGCCGAAUUGCCGAAGGAUCUUCAACCCAGAGCCGGUGGUCUCGGGAGACUGUUUAGCAGAGUGGCUCAUGAAGGCGAUGUGACGUUGUAUCAAGCGCGCUCGCAACGCAGCUACUACAUCAGUGCAUACGGUCUUUCGGCAUUUUGUUUCGCAUAUGCAGUCUAUAACUCCAACGCCGUUUUUCGAGAUCCUGUCACUGUUCUCCCCAUGUGGCAGCAAGCGCUGUUUGGUGGUAUCUGUGUGUCCAUGAGUGUGAUGGGGACGCUCUUCUUUGUACGGACGGGUAACAUGAUCCGAUCCAUCAAGGCGGUUCACUCUCAAGGGCAACCCCGAAUUCGAUUCCAGGUUCGAGGCUUGAUGCCAUUCAAGAAGUACGAGUUCGAGGUUGCACCCUCACAGAUUCAUAUCUCGAAAAAGCUUGUGGUAUCAGCAGAGUCCGUGGCGCGCUUUGAGAGAGAUAGCAAGAAGCUUCUGGGUGGCUCCAAUGAGCCGAAGCCCAAGUUCUUCCAAGCUCCAGUCGCAAGAAUGAGCCACGGCAUUUGGAGGCUGUUCUUGUCCGUUCGGCAAAUCUUUACGAGUGAAGACUUCAUUCUGAUGAGGAUUGAUGGCCACAAAGGUACCUUCCGAAUGGAUUCCAACGGCAUGGUUGACCGCGAUUUCUUGCUUUUGGGCAACCCCGUCAGGAUGGCCAGAAGUAAUUGA